AAUAAUACAUGAAAAGUCAAAAUGGGUACCCUAAAAAAACGACAGGCUUGUACUGUAUAAGGGGAAUCACCGUCAUAACAUGCUGGCUAUUUUUCGAUUUGUUUUGUAUUUGUUCGUUAAGCAUAUUUCAUGAUAUUUGGGCACAAAUGUACUUAAAUUGUUUUUUUAGACUGAAAUGUGUUAGGUAUUUCUGGUUAUACGAGCAAAGUGUGACUCGACUUAUAAAGCGUUAAUACGUAACGAAAACUCUUGUCUAUAUUAUGACCUUGAAAAUAAAGACUUUUUCGAUAUUUCGCAAGCAUGCUGCCUGCGGAAAAACACAACGACGAGCAUUUUCAACUUUAGUACGAAGCAAUUUAGACGGCAAGACGUCAUCAUUUUGUUGCAUACGUGGAAAACAUAUUACACAAACUGAAUGCAGCAUUUCAAGUAAUAGUUUGCGGUUUUGGACAAGGACAUUUUCUUCAGGAGCUAAAAAAGUUGAUCUAUCGCAUGUGCCCGAUAUAAAAGACUUCAUAAAAUCCUCCCAACCAAGAAUAGAGCAUGUUAACCUAGAUGAAGCCCCCCCAUAUCUUGAAAAUGCUGUUUAUGCCACACCACCAAAUGGUAAAACAGUUUACUUCGAAAUGUAUGGAUGCCAAAUGAAUGUGAAUGAUGGGGAAUAUGCUUGGGCAAUUUUGAAAAAGGCGGGUUAUAAGAAGACAACAGAUAUUAAUACGGCAGAUGUCAUAAUGUUGGUAACGUGUUCCAUUCGGGAAAAAGCAGAAGACAAAAUAUGGAACAGAUUAAAACAACUGAAAACACAUAAGCAAAACUACCAUACACCUGGAUAUCCUAAAAUUGGAAUUCUAGGUUGUAUGGCGGAAAGGUUAAAAAAGAAAAUAGUAGAAAAGGAAAAAGCUGUUGAUAUUGUUGCUGGGCCGGAUGCAUACAGAGAUCUCCCUCGCUUACUAGAACAAGCCACCACAGACUCAACGACAGCCAUCAACACCAUGUUGUCCGUAGAUGAAACUUACGCCGAUAUUAUGCCUGUCAGGUUUGACCAGGACUCAAAAACUGCUUUCGUUUCUAUAAUGCGUGGAUGUGACAACAUGUGCAGCUACUGUAUCGUCCCCUUCACCAGGGGUCGUGAGAGAAGCAGACCGGUUACUUCUAUACUGGAAGAAAUAAGAAUUCUAUCAGAUCAGGGCAUUAAACAAGUGAAUUUAUUGGGACAGAAUGUGAAUAGUUACCGCGAUUUAUCAGAAACUCAACAUUCUGCUGUUGAUGCGAUUGCUGGGAAUAUGAGUCGUGGUUUCAAAACAAUCUACAAACCCAAACAUGGUGGAUUACGAUUCGCUGACUUACUUGACAGAGUAUCGCAAGUUGAUCCCGAGAUGAGAAUUCGAUUUAUUUCUCCGCAUCCAAAAGAUUUUCCUGAUGAGGUGCUGCAAAUCAUAUCGGAAAGGGAGAACAUUUGCAAACAAAUUCACCUACCUGCACAAAGUGGAAGUUCCAAUGUGUUAAACUUAAUGAGAAGAGGACACACAAGGGAAGAUUAUUUAAACCUUGUUGACCGGAUACGUACUCUUAUACCUAAUGUCGUGCUUUCUACGGAUAUAAUAUCAGGGUUUUGUGGAGAGACCGACAGCGACCAUGAGGACACUUUAUCAUUGAUGAGUUUGGUCAAAUACGAAUAUGCUUUCUUGUUUAAGUACAGCAUAAGACAGAAAACGCACGCCUACCACAAGAUGAAUGAUGACGUUCCCGAAGAAAUUAAAUCCCAACGUUUGCAAGAAGUUAUCAAGGUAUACCAGGAUGUCUUACCUACUGUGCAUCAAAAGACUGUGGGAAAAACUUUGCUUGUUUUGGUUGAAAAGGACAAAACCAAGGUACCCAACACCUUACAAGGCCGAACUGAUGGGAAUGUAAAAGUUUUUAUUCCUAAUUAUGACGUGGCAUCAAGUGUGACAUCACAAAGCACAAAGACAAUCUGCACUGGAGACUAUAUAGCUGUGAAGGUCACAAGUUACAAGCCCAACAGUUACAGGGGGAUUCCCCUAUACCAUUCCUCUGUUCGUUCUUUCCGCAUGGACGAGCAGAAGCGAAGAAGUGAAAACAUCAAAUCAGCAGCGUAAACAAGUUCAAACAAAAAAAAAUUAAUUGUUUACCAUUAAAAAAACGUAAAUUUCAUUCAACUUUUGAAUCCAGAAUGAAAAUGUAAUAAUGUUAUUUUGUAAGUUGUCAUUUGUAUUCUCAUGAUGUUUCUGUUAUUCGUGUACCGUUGUGUGUUUAUAAGUCAACUAAAUAGUUUUACUUUACAUAA